AAAGAAUUUCUAAAGUACCAUUUCGGGCCGGUGCUGGGCUCAUAGACGGGGUGAGGUUUAUAUUUUAUAAUUAUAAUUUUGUUUUCGUCGGCAAAGAACUCCGGUACUCGAAUCCCUACGAGCUUUAACUUUAACACCAGUGCUGCAGCAUCAGUGCAAUCAAUGGAUGCCGAGCUAUUCUAACUCGUAUUAAUUUACUUCACUCAGUUAGAGUUUCCGACCUGUUUCUUAUUUAGAGUGGAGCAAGAUGAAGAAAAGGAACCCACUUGUCUACUUUGAAGUGUCAUUUGAUGGAGCACCAUCACAAAGGAUUGUUAUGGAGUUGUUUUCUGACAUUGUUCCUAGGACAGCUGAAAACUUUCGGGCACUCUGCACUGGUGAGAAAGGUGUUGGAGUUUCAACCGGAAAACCUCUUCAUUACAAGGGUUGCAUAUUUCACCGCAUAAUCAAGGGGUUUAUGGCACAAGGUGGUGAUUUUUCAAAAGGCAAUGGUACUGGUGGAGAAAGUAUAUACGGAGGAAAGUUUGCAGAUGAAAACUUCAAACUGGACCACUCUGAGGCUGGUCUUCUCUCCAUGGCAAAUAGUGGCCCAAACACAAACGGUUCACAGUUCUUUAUACUAUUUAAACGACAACCUCAUCUUGAUGGGAAGCAUGUAGUUUUUGGAAAGGUUGUGAAAGGAAUGGAUAUUUUGAGGAAAAUGGAACAGGUCGGAACGUCUGAUGGGAAAUCAUCUGCGCUCGUGAAAAUUAUUGAUUGUGGUGAGGUCUUAGAGAGUAAGGUUCAUGACAAAACUGGUGAAGAUAAAGCUAAAAAGAAGAGACCAGCAAAAGAGCUUUUGUCUUCUGAUGACUCUGAUAAUCCUAGAAAAAGAAAACCCAAGACAUCUGCCAGAGAUAUAAAAAAGAGAAGAAAGAGAUACUCUUCAUCUGAUUCAGAUAGCUCUGACAGAGAUUCUGAUACCCAUUCUUCAGAAACUGAUUCCUAUUCGGAAUCUUCUGGAUCACAGUCUUCAAGCUCUUCCAGUUAUGGAAGGCACAGGAAAAGACGGAGUUUAACAAAAAAAGGACGGAGUCUACAUAAGAAGAAAGGGAGGAGUGUUAAAAAAAAGAACCUCCGUCAGAAAAGAUUGAAGCGUAAUAAAAACCGCAGUUCUGAGAGUUCAAGCAGUACAGAUUCUCAGAGUACCAGCACCUCUUACAGCAAGUCUGAUGAUGAAAUUGCCGAUAGGCGUGCUCCCAUUGCACAUAAAGAUUUAAAGAAGUCACACACAGGUGAAAAAACUGGGAGAGAACUGGAAAAAGAGAAGCAAAAAGUGGGAAAUCCUCUGGUAGAUGCUGAAUUAUCUCAGAAGAAUGAUAAGCUUGUAAGUAAUGGUCAUGGAAGAGAAGACAGCCGUGAUAGAGCUGUUGUAGGCAAUGCUCAUUCUAAUCAUCAUUUGGAUAAGUCCAGGAGUGCUUCUUCACCAAGUGCUGAAGGUAAGCUAAGAAUAAGACAACGCAGCCCAACCCCAAGUCCUAAAGGAAGCCCCAAGCUGCAACAGGAUGGCGAAAGCACUAAAAUUUCUGUGCAAACAAAAGAGGAGACUAUGAGGCUAAAAAGUCCUGAUAAACCUGUCCAUGAUAAAUCUCCUGAUGGACAUCCCAAGCGUAUCAGGAAAGGGCGUGGCUUUACUAAAGAAUAUUCUUUUGUUAGACGCUACCGUACUCCCUCUCCAGAACGCCCACCGUAUAGGCCCCAUUACGGGGGGAGGAAUGUUCAGCAAAGAAAUCCUGAUAGGUAUUCAAACUACAGAAGCUAUCGUUCUCCACCAAGACGGUAUGGAGGGUCUCCAAGAGGCAGGAGCCCAUCCAGCUAUAACCGCCGAUACAGGAGCAGGAGUGGUUCUCGCAGCCCUAAGAAUACCGACUUGGCCGAGAAGCAGCACAACAGGAGGAGGACCCCUUUACGCAGUCGUAGCCCUGUGGUUAGACGGCCAUCAAUCAGGGAUGGAUUAAAAUCUCGUCUGGGGCCUCGUGUGGAUGAUCAGAAACCUUCAAGUAGAGGAAGGUCCAAUUCAAGGUCUCGAAGCCGUUCAAGUUCACCAGAUACUGCUCCCAGGAAGCAAUCGAGGAGUGAUGUAAUAGCUGCAUCACAUCGUGAUUCCAAAGCAACCGGCUCCUUGGAUGGUAAGAGGGCUUUGGUUUCCUACGAUGACAUCAGUCCUGGAAAUGGGACUGAAUAGGUUUCAAAGCCACAGCUAAUCGUGUUUAUGCUCUUUUGUACUGAAUCACUGUUCACUUUUGCAUUUCUUUAGUUUGAUCAACGGGGUGGGUGGGGGAUAUAAUUUAUGGUCGUUAAUGGUUUGUGAUGACACAGAUUUACCUCCAGAGUUGUUAUCCCACAUAUAUGGAAUAUUUUCAACAUAAACUAUUUUUCUUAGGAAUAACUCAGCAAGAGCAUUUGUGUUUGAGAA